GCGCAAUGAUGAGCUGUCAACUACAAACACUGACAGUCAACUAAAUAGUUGACUAAAAACAUCAUUAGGCCAGAAAAGAAAAUCUUAAAAUUUGCACAAAAUUUAUAUACUUGCUGCGGUAUGCUUUGUCGGCAAGUAAUUCCCGACACCAACGGAAUCGAACAGAUUUACAUAGUAAAAUCUGAAAAUGAACCGGACAAUCACAAUGCUCCGGAUGCGCUUGCAACAUCCGCUUUAGAGAAUGAGGAAGUGGAUCACAUCAAACAAGAACCUCCAAGUGAAGAAGAAGAUGCGUGCGAUGACAAUGUACCAUCUAGCUUUGGAAUGUUGGACGUUAUCAUUAAAGAGGAACUUGAUGAACCUGCCAUGGAAGAUGAUGGUGAAUCGAGUUCAAAGACACAGGACGACAGUGAUAACUCUGAAAGUAUAAAGAAGGGAAGUGAUAGGAGUGGUGGCGAUAGCGAUUCCACAAAUACCGAUUCCGAGGAAUCGGAUGAUGAUAAUAUUAAACAUGGUGCCAGACCUCAAAGAGAAAGGCGUCAAAUCAGAAAUGUACGAACUAUACGUGAUAGCGAAGAUAGCUCGGACGAGCCCCGAAAAGUGACUACUAAAAGAGGUCCAUAUAAAAAGAAAGAACCAUCAGCGGAAAAAGUUAAAGCGGUUAGACGAAAGGUCAUUAAACGAUUCGUGUGCCAUUGCUGUCCGAAAAAGUUUUCGACCCUGUUCAACUUGGAACGACACGAAAAAAGUCACAUAACACAAGCAGAAAAGCAAAAGCAUAAAAAGAAAAAUUUAUGUUUCAUAUGUCAACAGGAAAAUGAAACUAAAGAUGCACUACAUGAGCACCUGUGUCUUCAUGCUGACAUGUUACCUUACAUGUGCCCGGAUUGUGAAAAACCCGUAAAAGUGAUUUCCGUUAGAUUGCUAAACAAACACUUCCAGUUGCACAAGGAAAUGCAUACCGGCAUCAUCAAAUGCGUCUAUUGUUCGGCCAGAUUUCAUUCUCUUUCCGGUUGUCGGCAGCAUGAACGGGGACACGUCGAGGGACAACAUAUAAAGGAGGCGCAGGCUAGAGCCGAUCUGGAAAGCAAACGUCUGAAUGUUAAGGUUAUAAUCGCCGAUGGUCUGAAACGGUACGAGUGUGAGUAUUGUGGCAAAUCCUAUUCACUGUUGGCCACGCUCCGAAGACACACAAAUUCGCAUACGAUGGAAAAAGUCUACAUGUGCAAGAUGUGUGGCAAAAUUUUCAACAAGGCGUCUUCUUUGACACUACACGAAAAAGUUCACUCGGAUGUCAAACCUUACAAAUGUGAAACAUGUGGCAAAGGAUUCAAAGAGACUAUUAGAUUAAUUGAGCAUCGGCGCAUUCACACCGGCGAAAAACCAUAUCAGUGCCACUGUGGAAUGGCAUUCCGGAAAAAGUACAUUUUAAAAGAGCAUAAACAGAUUUGCGAUUUACCUGAGGAUAUAAAAACGUGCGAGUGUCGCUUUUGUCAGCAGUCGUUUCCCUCCUAUUUGGACAUGGUGCAUCACAUCAGACAGUUGCACACACUGGGAAUGCCAGAAACCAAAUGCCAAUAUUGUACAUCCAAGUUCAAAAACGUCAUCCAGUUAAUAAUUCACGAGCAGCGCCAUGAUCUACCAAACGUCAUAAAAUGUGAUCAGUGUAAUCGUAUUUUCAAACAGGAAGCAAAUCUUGAAGCGCACAUUAAGACUCACAUCAACGAACCGGAAGCAUUCAUUUGCGACGUCUGCGGGAAAACGUUCAAUCAGAGUGUUAACUUACGCAUCCACAAGAGAAUUCACAAUGCAACACGGUCCCAUGUAUGCGAUCUUUGUCCGAAAAGCUUUCUCUGUUCGAGCACCAUGCGUCGCCACCGGUUAACGCAUUUUAAUGGAAAUAGUAAAAAUUACAUCCCAACAAUAGAAGAUGAAGGAGCAGAACCGAGCACAAGUCAGAUCGAAGAUGCUGAACAAGUGCCACAACCGUCGAUGGAACCUGAAGACAUGUAAAAAUAACUAAUGUUGAUAACUUACUAUAUAUUGUAAUUUAAUAUAGUUGUAUCUUGGUAUUGGAAAUGUAAACUUAAAGUCGAGCA